AUGUCCGCCAAUCCUUUCUCCGACACCCUCUACCGGGUCCCUAGCGACGAGCACAUCACCAACAGCAAGGCGCUCGAGUGGCCAUGCAUCGUCCAAGUUCCCAUCAUCAAGGCUUCGGCGCCGGCGCCGGCCUCAGCGUGGUCCCCCUCCACCGCAUCCUCCACCUCUGCCGAUGCAUCUCCCACCAGCAUAACAGCCAGCACACCACCACCACCACCCUACACGGCCCUCUCCUGGAGCGCCGCCGACUUGACCUACCUCCUCGCCAUCCUCUACCCGACCCAGAUGUCCUCAGCCAGCAUGUCCAUCUCAACCCACCCCACCGACCCUCUGGACCUCUUCUCUCCCGUCCAACUGGAUCUGUUCCUGCACACCAAGUGCAGCCCCGCCCCCUCCUCCGCCUACGCGCCCACAGCACCCAUCGGCACCGGCCGCCCCAACUCGCGCUUCCUGCUCGCCUCCGCAUCGGGCACCACGGCGCCAGAGGCACGCAAGGCCCUCGCCCACCGCAUCUUGCAGAACGCAGGCAAGGAAAUGGUACUGGGCUGCGUUUCCGCUUACUACGCUCUCCUGACCGACGUGCACAGCUGCGACGCCGCAACGCUAUCUUCGCUUCGGCGGGGGAUUGAGGUGAUGAAGGACGUGGGAGAGAAAGAGUGGGCGGGACGGAGGGAGCAGCUCAGGGCUGCGGGUGUUGAUGGUGGGUGGGGUGUUGAGGCACGGUUGGAGGGGUGGUUGCUCGAGGGGGGUUGGUAUGAGUUGGGAUUCUGGGGCGGUUGUGUGCAGAGGGCUGGUGCCAUGGGGAUGGAUGAAAGGGACGAGAGGGUGAAGAUGUACGGUGGUGUCGUGGGAUUUUUGGGCGUUGUUGGGGGUGAGGUGGGUUGGUGUUAA